ACGCCAUCCAUUCGAGCCAUAUUAGCUCAUUGAUUGAUACACUACAAGCAUAACGUCAGUCUCAGAUCGUAUUUGUUACAAGAAGGAUGCAAAGUCAUCGCAAUAGAGAUCUGUUUCUCGAAUAGUUUUGUAUAUUUACGACAGACAGGAAGGGAACACUAGUCAAUUUAAAAGCUUUCGCCUAUCAAAUAAACAAGAAUUUCAUUGGAUAUCACCUCGACUUGUUUUACAUUUGAUUAUCACGGCGGUGCUGUUUAAAACUGGUCCAAAUCCCAAUAAUUCCAAAUCGUCUCGUCGUAACACUUUUAAAUUGACUAAUUUGGAUCCAGCAAUUGGCAAUUGGAUAGUCCGCCAAGCGAUUACAAUCUGGUCACGUUCAGCGUCGGAGCACAUUUGAGGUUAUGUGUACAUCAAACGACAUCAACUGAAAACGUGGAGUCAAUGGAACAAAUUGGUUAAACAUCGAGGCUUCCGGAGAAAAUUUAUCGCUUCGCAAUACAAUUGGGUUUGUGGUCAUAUUAACGAGAAUUUAUUCAAACAGCAAUAUGCCGCCGCAAUGUUCGAGAAAAGGCAAUUGUUGCUGUCACCGAAUUGACAACAGCGUAGUGGAGGGCAUACAAGCGAAUCAGUGGUAUCGAAACAAAGUGCAAGCGAAAUUGGAAUUCAACAGCAAAGAACAUCAUAGGCACCGACCGAGUUCAGCAUGGAAUUUAUCAAUUCGAGCACCAGUAGAGCCACAUCACGCACAUCAUGUGAACCACACUGCUAAUGCAGAGCACCGUCAUUUCGAUAGUCGACAAAUGAAUUCGAAAUCUGGACAAUCGUGUAACAGAAACGUUGACGAAACUAUGAACCAGUACACUCCAAUCGAAAGCGAUCCGAAUUGGAAACGAACAGCAAAUCGAAAUUCAUUCAUAUGUAACAAAGGAGUUGAGAUUAGUAAUGCAACUGCGAAGCACAUAUGGAGUCAUGAAUCGAAUCAAAUACAUCGGCAUAGAAUCAACGACACCAGCGAUCAUUGGGUGUGUCAUCAUGCGGUAGACCAGUCAUCUAGAAUCCAUUGUGGACGAAUAUACUAUCUACAAGGUGAUAUACAUGGGCAGAUCGAUCUAACUAAUCAACGAUCAGGUGGUGAAGCGUACAUGGCUCGAUUGUUCUGUUCUACGAGAUGGAGUUUAGCUGCAGUACCUGACAGCGAAACUGGGGGGACUGUUACGAACGCCAUCCAUUCGAGCCAUAUUAGCUCAUUGAUUGAUACACUACAAGCAUAACGUCAGUCUCAGAUCGUAUUUGUUACAAGAAGGAUGCAAAGUCAUCGCAAUAGAGAUCUGUUUCUCGAAUAGUUUUGUAUAUUUACGACAGACAGGAAGGGAACACUAGUCGUAAGUUAAGAUUAAAUUCAGUCCUAAUGACUGAGAUUUGAAUAUUUGUGUUUCGUUCUGUUUGUUAUAGAAUUUAAAAGCUUUCGCCUAUCAAAUAAACAACAAUUUCAUUGGAUAUCACCUCGACUUGUUUUACAUUUGAUUAUCACGGCGGUGCUGUUUAAAACUGGUCCAAAUCCCAAUAAUUCCAAAUCGUCUCGUCGUAACACUUUUAAAUUGACUAAUUUGGAUCCAGCAAUUGGCAAUUGGAUAGUCCGCCAAGCGAUUACAAUGUGGUCACGUUCAGCGUCGGAGCACAUUUGAGGUUAUGUGUACAUCAAACGACAUCAACUGAAAACGUGGAGUCAAUGGAACAAAUUGGUUAAACAUCGAGGCUUCCGGAGAAAAUUUAUCGCAUCGCAAUACAAUUGGGUUUGUGGUCAUAUUAACGAGAAUUUAUUCAAACAGCAAUAUGCCGCCGCAAUGUUCGAGAAAAGGCAAUUGUUGCUGUCACCGAAUUGACAACAGCGUAGUGGAGGGCAUACAAGCGAAUCAGUGGUAUCGAAACAAAGUGCAAGCGAAAUUGGAAUUCAACAGCAAAGAACAUCAUAGGCACCGACCGAGUUCAGCAUGGAAUUUAUCAAUUCGAGCACCAGUAGAGCCACAUGACGCACAUCAUGUGAACCACACUGCUAAUGCAGAGCACCGUCAUUUCGAUAGUCGACAAAUGAAUUCGAAAUCUGGACAAUCGUGUAACAGAAACGUUGACGAAACUAUGAACCAGUACACUCCAAUCGAAAGCGAUCCGAAUUGGAAACGAACAGCAAAUCGAAAUUCAUUCAUAUGUAACAAAGGAGUUGAGAUUAGUAAUGCAACUGCGAAGCACAUAUGGAGUCAUGAAUCGAAUCAAAUACAUCGGCAUAGAAUCAACGACACCAGCGAUCAUUGGGUGUGUCAUCAUGCGGUAGACCAGUCAUCUAGAAUCCAUUGUGGACGAAUAUACUAUCUACAAGGUGAUAUACAUGGGCAGAUCGAUCUAACUAAUCAACGAUCAGGUGGUGAAGCGUACAUGGCUCGAUUGUUCUGUUCUACGAGAUGGAGUUUAGCUGCAGUACCUGACAGCGAAACUGGAGGGACUGUUACGAACGCCAUCCAUUCGAGCCAUAUUAGCUCAUUGAUUA